UGGAGGGAAUUUCAACGUCUCAGUACGCGCUAAAAUUAAUUUUUGAGAAAUCAUCAGAGGAAACCAUUAAUGAUGAUGUCUACAGGUCAUGUUGUGUCUUCUCCAACCACAAAUGGAUCAAACAAAGGACAAAUUCAACUCAUAUUUGGACCUAUGUUCUCUGGGAAAACUACAGAGCUUAUGCGUAGAAUGAAGCGUUAUCAGAUAGCCAGCUACAAAUGCCUCGUAAUCAAGUACUCCAAGGAUGACAGAUAUGAAAAAGAGGGGAUUUCUACCCAUGACAGACAAACACUACCUGCAAUUCCAACAGAUGUUCUGGAACAAAUAAAGGCAGAGGCGGAAAACUAUGAAGUCAUUGGGAUUGAUGAAGGGCAGUUUUUUCCAGAUGUUGUGGAGUUUUGUGAUGAAAUGGCAGAGCGUGGUAAAACAGUUAUUGUAGCAGCAUUAGAUGGAACAUUUCAGAAAAAGGGAUUUGGAAACAUUUUGAACCUAGUACCUCUGGCAGAAAGUGUGAUCAAACUAACAGCUGUAUGUAUGAGAUGUAACAGGGAGGGAUCGUUCACCAAACGUACAGGAUCGCAAACUGCUGUGGAGGUUAUAGGUGGAGCAGAGAUGUAUCUGGCUGUGUGUCGUAUGUGUUUUAAAUCUCCUGUCAAACCCUCGCCAAACAAAAACAGAACCCCCACCAUCCUACCAGCAGGGAAGGAAGAAAAAACCAUCACCAACAGGAAACUCUUUGGCUCUCCCACUAAAAAUAAGUGUUGAUGUAGUUUUUUCCAUUAACUUCAACAUCAUCGUAUAAUAGUUUUGAUGCAAUGAGGGGAAAAUGAAUAUUUUAUCGUCCUUGAUGUGUCUAAAUGUAUUGAGAUACAUGCAUAUAUAAGAAAUCCAAGAAGUCUUAAAUGUUAAAUGUACAGGGGUACAUUACAGUGAAAAAUUUUGAUACUAAGUAAGAUGUGAUGUUAUAUGAAUAUCUACCAUUAAAAUGAGUAACUCAGGAGCCAUAUUUUUCAUAUGAGGAAUGAAAACUGGUAUGUGGUAUAAACUGCACUUGUAAAUGAUAGUAUAAAAGAAUGUUACUUUACUGCUUAUAUUCAUGAUGAUCAUACAUUGCAAUGAAAUGAUAUUAAGAAUUUGAAGUAUAAAUGUAUUUUAUGAAUUUGGACUUUAUUUGUAUAUAAUUUUUUAUAAAUCUGUAGCAUAGUGCUGAUAAUGUAUGUUUUAGUGAAAGUACUCUUAGUGUAUAUUUUAGUGUGCUUUGUUUCAUGAAUUUACAAUGAUCUCAAUUUAUCUGGAGAUUUUUACUAGAAGAAAAACUCAUGUCAUGCCAAAUACACAUAUAUUUAAACAUGUAAUAUGAAAUAAA